UUGCCCCCCUCUGCCCGCCCGGGGAUGGAGCGAGGAGAGAAGAGGACGUGGGUGUCUCUCCUUGGCGUCUGCCUGGUCCCCCCUGUGCUGCUGCCGCUGCUGCCUUUGCUGCAUCUGGUUGGGGGGGCCCCUCUGGGCCAGGGGCUGUAUCCCAUGCCGGCCAGCGUUCUGCAAGCACUGUCGAGCCGGGGAACGCUGGUUCUGGAGGCAGCGCUGAGGAGUGCACUGCUGGCCCUGGAGCAAGCACUGGCAGAGCAGCAGCGGCAGCGAGGGGCCUGUGGGCUCUGUGCCCCCUGCCUCUUCCCCCCAUGUGCCAACAUCACCCACCACUGCCCACCACCACCUGUGCCACUCACUGUGCCCCCAAGCUGCCAGGACCUGCUGGAAGCCCAGGCACUGCCUGAUCUGCUCCACCGCAACUGGGCACUGAGCCAAGCCUGUGCCCCCUACCAGCAACUAUGUCCACCUGAGGUAGCCCAGCACGACUGCACCCCACUCAGUGCUCAGCUCUGCCACCACCGCCUUCAAGAGUGCCGGAUGGGAGCUUCAACCCUGGACCCUGAUGUGCCAGCAGAGGUGGUGAUGCCAGGGAGCUGUGGGCACCGCGGGGUCCCCCAAGCCAACACCACAGCCCCCCAAGGACGGAUCAUGGGCGGCAGCGUGGCCCCUCGGGGAGCUUGGCCCUGGCUGGUGUCAGUGCGGCUCCAUGGGGAGCUGAUGUGCGGAGGGGUGCUGGUGGGGCAGUCCUGGGUCCUCACUGCAGCCCACUGCUUUGCUGGGAACCAGAAUGAGCUGUCGUGGACAGUGGUGGUUGGAGAUCACGAGCUCAACAAGCCAGGCCUGGGCAAGAGGGCAGUGCCUGUCCGACGCAUCCUGCCUCACCCUAAGUUUAACCCCAAGACGUUUCAUGGGGACCUGGCAUUGCUGGAGCUGGCUCUGCCCCUGGCCUUGUCACCCACUGUCAGCCCGGUGUGCCUGCCCAAUGGCCCUACGGAGCCUAGCCCUGGCACCACCUGCUACAUUGCUGGCUGGGGGUCUCUCUAUGAAGAGGGGCCAGCAGCCAACGUGGUGAUGGAAGCACGGGUGCCACUGCUCAGCCAGGAGACAUGCCGAGGUGCCCUGGGCAGAGACCUGCUCACCAGCACCAUGUUCUGUGCUGGAUACCUGUCCGGAGGCAUCGACUCCUGCCAGGGUGACUCAGGGGGCCCACUAGCAUGCCAGGACCCCUCCUCGCACCGCUUCGUUCUCUAUGGCAUCACCUCGUGGGGUGACGGCUGUGGUGAGCGGGGCAAACCCGGUGUCUACACCCGUGUGGCCGCCUUCGUGGACUGGCUCAGCUUCCAGAUGGACCCUGCUCCUGGCAGCCGGGAGCCGAGCUGCUUCGACCUGCUGGCUCUGGCCCAGCUGCCUGCUGAACAGCAGCCACUGGAGCGUGCUCGUCUCUGCUCCUUCUACAAUGGGUCCUGCCGAACUCCCCCAGGUCGGGCCGCUUGUGCUCGCUUAGCUGAGGAGACCUGCCACGCCAGGACUAGACGAUGUGAGCUGCACUCCUACGCCCAGACCUUGGUGGAUCUCCUGCAGCGGGCUGGGGACUUCAUCCGAAAUCAGUUCGACUUCUCCUUCCUCACCCGCACCCUGCCCCAGCUCCUGGGCAAGAUCUAUGGGCAUCUCUUCCCCAGACGUGUUCGCAGGAAUGCCCCAGGCCUGGCUGUGGCAGGGAGCCAGCCCAGCCCUACAGCAGAGGCACCCUGGAGACUCCCUACCAAGUGGGGGGCUGGACAGCCACCCCCCUUUGCAGUGCUCUUCAAGGAUGUGGGGCCCCAGCUGCAGGACUGGGUAGAAGCACUGAGGACAAUGGUGGUGGGCAGCACCUCAGCACCCACUCUGGACAAGAGGCAGCUCUCCAGGGAGAUGUGGCUCUUCCUGCAGGGCGAGGAGGUGGUGGAGGAACUGGUGGGACAGGGACGAGCCUUCCUCACCCAGCUGCAGUUAGAGCUGGACCUUGGCACCCCUCUUGAAGCCACAGAGUCACGUCGGGCACCUGGAGAGCUGGCAGAGACCCUCAGGCAGAGCUUGGCAGGGUCUGCACCAAGGGAGAAACGUGAGCUGGCACCCACAGAGCUGCCAGGUGUGGAAGAGGAGGAGGCAGACACAGGCAGAGCCUGCCCUGGCCUCAAGGAGUCGGCAGUGCGGGUGGGAGCGGUGAGGGAGUUGUACGCCUGGGUGCUGCGAGUGCCCGAGGCGGAGCUGGCCAUGACCUUCCAGGAGGUGAGUGCUCCACCCGGCUGCCCUGAGCCCCCUACCCUGGCAGCCAGGUGGUGCCACCCCACAGCCCGUAGUCACUGUCCCGCCAUGCUCCUGGCUCCCGUGAGACUCACAGCGCUGUCAUCUCCCUGCAGAUCCUGGUGGACCUGGGCUCCAAAAACGCCAAGGGGCUGUACCGGGCGCAGGUGCGCGCCACGGUGGGCGGCCGCCCCACAGCCUUCACCGGCCUGGUGGGGCUGGAGAGCGACUCCCUGGCCCGCAGCAUGCCCGGCCUCGUCGCUCUGGCACUUGAGGCACUCAAAACAUAAUGGUACCCCUGCAGCACCAUGCCAGCGCGGCGGUGGGGCGAUGGGGCAGGGAUUUCUCAUGUCCUUCAAACACCGUUUCCUCCCUAGCUCGAGAUCUUCCACCCUUUUGUCCCUCAUCAUGCCACAGUCUCUUUCUUCCCACCAGCGCUGCCCAGUGCCCCUGGAGCAAUUGGUUGAUGGCAGGCACCUGGACCUUCUCAGCUGAGGCUUAUG